AUGCUGGACAUGGACACGUUGCAGAUCUGGGGAGAUGUCAUUCUAUGGGCUCCUUUAGCUGUUCUCUUCCUUUAUAUGGCCGGUGUGAUGCCAUUUGUCCAUAUCAAUAUGCUGGCCAAGAUAUUACUUGGUGCAUCUGGGUUGUUGCAGCCUGUUGCAUGGUUUUCCAAUCCCAAGCAAUGCAGUAGUAUUUCUUUAGCAAGCAGGAAAGGUUUUUCGUUGAGUUCUGUUAAGGAGUUUCACACGUAUAGAAUCAUUUCUAACUUUGAUCUUCAUCAGAAGGCAAAGCUUAGUAUCAUGCCUGCUUACAUGAUGUGUAGAAGACUGACGUAUACUUGCAUGCACAUUUUUGCAUAUGGGAUUGCUCUGAUCGUUGUAGAUGACUUAUAUGCAGGUUCGUUCUUCCCCUAUUCAGAAUCCAAUCAUCUUCUGCUGCAAGGUGCCAUGGGACAUAGACAAAUGUUCAACUCUUCCCAAUUCUUCGAGAUCGAGCAGGAUUGGAGCCAUGGUCACCCUGCUUCUGGACAGCCCCAUGCUCAUAUUGGAAGGGCUGUUUCUCAAGAAAAUGGUUCCUUUUCUCAUCCUAUCAAUCCUAUUUCAACAAAUGGACUCAAUUGUGCCUCUCGACGGAACCUGGAAAGCAGAUCCCUUGAGCAUUCUUCAACAUAUUUCAGGCAUGCUAUCCACGAAGUUGAAGGUGGUUUACUUGAUCAUACAAUGAGCACUGGAAGAGGGCCAUUCAAAAGAAAAAGCCCUGGUGUUUCUGCAUCAUGGGAAAGAGGUGGCACCAGCAGUAUCUACGGUGCAGGAAGUUCCUCCAAUUCUUUUGAACUUCACCAUGAGAAACCAAAUUCAGAUAGUAGGAAUUACGUAUCAGACUCCUCUGGUUUACCACCCUACAUAGGUAGCAGCCUGUCAAUUGGGGGUGAAGAUUCUUCAAGGAAUGUGAGAAGCAGAUCUAGGCUUGAUUUGGAGCCCAACCCAAGGAGAACCCAUUUAAGUUACUCGUCCCAUCCUUUUUCUUCAACAUCUCAUCUCCGAAACCAUCCUGGGCCAGUGGAUGUUUCUAACUUAAAUACUGAUAGAACUGUUUAUGAGCAGAACCAUAUUGGUGUUCCUCCUCCUGCACAUGGGAGGUUUCAUACCUCAGCUAAUAAUUCCUUGAGCCAUGAGAUGAAUCAGCAUUAUGCUGGAGGGAAUCCUACUGAUAUUCGUCAGUACAACCAUGAAUCCAUCUUAAGCAGAAAUCCUGUUGCACCACCACGAUAUCUUCAUGGUUUUCAUGCUCAGGCUUCAAGGGAUGGGCAGAAUAGCUAUCCUCGAAGAGCUAUACCUACACGUUGGACUGAUAUGAGCUCCUCUCAUUUCGGACAAGAAGCAGCUGCUAUCGAAAAUGGUCAGCAUUUUCUUUCAGAAACCCAUAGUUCCAGAUAUCCAAGGCCACCUUCUUCUGGAGGUUGGCCCAACAAUCAUAGAGAAGGAAGGUCAAGAAUAGCUAUUGAGAGAUUCCAGUCACUUUCUAACGUGGUGGAUGCACGUGAUAGAAUGGGAUCUGAGGCUCUCAUGAUGUUAGAUCACUCGUAUUUAUAUGGCUCCAGAAAUUUAUUUGAUCAAUACAGGGAAAUGAGACUGGAUGUUGACAGCAUGAGUUAUGAGGAACUACUUGAUCUAGGAGAAAGGAUAGGGAAUGUCAACACAGGAUUGCCUGAAGAUGUGUUUUCAAAGUGCUUGAUGGAGACAACAUGCCUUUCUUCAAACAAAUGCCAGGACGAAACAUCCUGUGCCAUCUGCCUUGAAGAGUACAGGAGCACGGACAAAGUUGGCACGAUAAAGAACUGUGGACAUGUUUAUCACGUUGACUGCAUCAAGAAAUGGUUGUCGAUGAAGAAUAUGUGCCCCAUCUGCAAAGCACCUGCUGUUGCUGAUAGUUCGAAUCGAGACUGA